UUCUUAAUUAAGCUAUUCAGUUUUUAUUUGUUAAAGUAUUAAAAAAGGCAAGCAAUUAUGGGUUGCACAUAAGCCAUUUAGCUUUAUAGUUAAAGUUAAAUUGAAAAGAUAGAUGAAGAAACUGUAAUAUAAUUCUUAAUGUAACAUAAAUAUGACUUUUAAAAGGUACUGGAAAAAGGAGAUUUUUCAUUAGCAAUGAUUGCAUAUUCUUAGAAACUAAAAUGUUAAGUUGCAAUUAAGGUUUUUAAACAGUUCGAAAAGUUCAAUUAGGAAAAUGAAAAAGAAUUAGACAAAAAGAUAGAAGUUCUAUAAAAUAUCACUAAUGAAAUAUAUUUCUUAAAGACAAUUGAAAAGAUUUACGAUAAACAAUAAGGAUUAAUUGCUAUUGUGACUGAACCUUAUGAUUGUAAUCUUAAUAAAAUUCUAGAAUUAAACAAGCUUAAUAUUGAAUAAAUUGUUGCAAUCGCUUAUUAGUUGCUAAAAGGUUUAGAUGUAUUGAAAAAAAAUGGUAUUUCUUUUCAAAAUUAUAUCUUAUCUGAAAAUAUUCUCUAUAGCUAAUCUAAAAAUAAGUUUUUAAUUGCCUAUUAUGGAUUAUAAAACACAAUGGCAAACUCUCUACCUAUGAAAACACAUGAAUCUGAUUAACAUUUAAAAAGCUAAUAAUCUCUGAAAGAGAUUAAAAGGCAAGAAUCAAGUGCAGAGAUAUAAAAUAUUGAUAUAUUCUCGCUUGGCUUAAUUGUGGCUGAAACUUUUAUAUAAAGAAGACUCACACAAAAAGAGAUUUUGAAUUUGAAGCAAAAAAAGUUUUUAGAAGUAUUUCCUUAUCAAGAAAGAUCAAAGGACGUAGAUUUUAUCAACUAAAUUAUUUCAAAGAUGACAGACCCUAACAAAGAUAAAAGACUUUAGCUAAUACCAAUUCUGCUUCAGAGUUUAGAUUCAUUCAAUAUUAAUGAGAAUUCUCUAAAAUCACUAAAAUUCAAGAAAGUAAGAAGGCUUUUCAUAAGCAAAUAAAAUAUUGAUGACAUAGUUAAAGCAAAUGAAUAUGAUGUGCUUGAAAUAAAUCUUGGGCAAAAUAGUCUUUUUGGGGCAGAAGGAGCUAGCAAUUUAGGUUAAAAAUUAGAAUCCUGUUAAAAUAUUGUUUCCUUAAAUCUUAAUCUUUAUCUAACUAAUCUUGGUGCAAAAGGAGCUAAUUAUAUUUGUAUGAGUUUAGGAAAAUGCUUAAAAAUUAACACUUUAAACCUUAAUUUAAGUUUCAAUUAAAUAGGAGCUGAAGGAGCGAAAAACAUUUGUAUGAACCUUGAAAAAUGUUAAAGCAUAACUUAUUUAAAUCUAAAUCUUUACUAUAAUAAUCUUGGAGCAGAAGGAACAAAAUACAUUGGGAUGUUCUUAGAAAAAUGCUAAAAUAUAUAUUCUUUGGUUCUUAAUUUAAGUAAAAAUAGGAUUGGUGCAAAAGGAGCAAAAAUUAUUGGAAGAAGCUUAGAAAAAUGUAAAAUGAUUACUUCGUUGGACCUUUUAAUAAGUGAAAAUGAUCUUGGAGUGGAAGGAGUAGAAAAUAUAGGGACAAGUUUAUAAAAGUGUCAAAACAUAACUUCACUGAAUCUUAACUUCAAUGGAAACAAUCUUGUAACAGAAUAUGCUUAAUUAGAAGUAAGCUUAGAAAAAAGCCAAAAUGUAAGUUCACUAUAUCUCAGUUAGCAAAACUAUAAUAAGCUUUUUGAGAAUGGUGCAAAAUAUAUUGAAAGGAGUCUAGAAAAUUGCCAAAACAUAACUUCUUUGAAAAUAUAAUUAAGUUAAACUAAUCUUGGAACUGAAGGAGUUAUGCAUAUAGCAAAUCUUUUAUAAAAAUGUCAGAAUAUUAUUUUGUUUGAACUUGAUCUUUAAGGUAAUCGCCUGGGUCCAGAAGGAGCAAAAAAUAUUGGAAUAAGCUUAGAAAAAAGUCAAAAUAUUACUUCUUUGAGUCUUAAUCUAAGUAAUAAUAACCUUGGUGAGGCUGGUGCAAAAAUUAUAGGGAUGAGCUUAGAAAAGUGCCAAAAUUUAUGCUCUUUGACUCUCUCUUUAAGUGGAAAUAAUAUAGGUGCUGUAGGAGCAAAGUAUAUUGGAAUGAGCUUAAAAAUGUGUAAGAAUAUCACUUAUUUAAAUCUUAAUAUAGAUGUAAAUGAAAUCAGAGCUGAAGGGGCAAAAUAUAUUGGAAUGAGCUUAGAAUUGUUUUCAAAUGUUACUUCUCUAAAUCUUUUUUUAACCGGAAAUAAUUUUGGAGCGUUUGGAGCAAAAUAUAUUGCAGCAAGCUUACCAAAUUGUGAAAGUAUUACUUCUUUAAACCUCAAUAUAUCAGGAAAUAACGUUGGUACAGAAGGAGCAAAGUAUAUUGCAACAAGCUUAGAAUAAUGCCAAAAUAUAACUUCUUUAAAUCUUAAUAUUUAUAACAAUAAUAUUGGUACAGAAGGGACAUAGUAUAUUGUAUCAAGCAUAGAAAAGUGUUAAAAUAUUACUUUUUUGAAUCUUUCAUUAGGCAAAAAUAAUAUUCAUUCAGAAGGAGCAAAAAAUAUUAGUUAAAGUUUGGAAAAUUGUCAAAACAUUAAUUCUUUGGAUCUCGAUUUAACUGAAAAUAAUUUAGGUGAAAAAGAAGCAAAAAAUAUAAGAAUUGCCUUAGAAAAAUGCCAAAAUAUUAAAUCAAUUAAUCUCUCUCUAAGCUUCUUAGUAAAUGGAAUAAUUUGGAUAGAAAAUUACUAAAAAACUUCAGAAGAUGCUUGAAACCAAUAAUCAGUGCAAGUUUAUAACAGAAA